UUAAACGUAUAAUGCGAAGAAUUUACGGUGAUUUGAGGCUAAGACAAAUUAACAUGGCCGGGAAGAACUUUAAAUCAAAAACAUUGAAAAGAACUACAGAUAACGCUACAAUGGAAGAAAAAGUCACUAGAGCGAAUGCCAUAAAGUGGAUGAAGGAAUGGCAAGCAGAGCUAAGCAUGGAAGCAAGAGAAAUGGCCAUAGAAGAGCUGAAAGAAUGUGACAAGGUUACAGAUAAGUGGAAAGAUAUUAAAAAAAAAGUUGGAUCACGAAAGAAUUUUCUGGAAAUCGUUAAAGCUGAUUUGUUCAACAAAAAGGGAAAGGAAACGGAAACGGAAACGAAGAAGAUGAGUUGUUCAGAAAAGUUUGUGUCAAGUUCAUCAUCGUCGUCAACAACUUCUAAUAGUAAAGAUUCAUUGGAAUAUAAUAAUAAAAAACACCCUUUUUUGCAACAAUUGAUAUUACACCAGUUGGGAAAACUUCAUCAGGAAAAGCUUCCGCCACCGCCACUUCCGCCGUCGCCACUUCCGUCGUCGCCGCCACCGUCGCGGUUUCAAUCUCGUUUACCUGGUAAAAAGUCUGCACUAUCUGAUUUAAGAAAAAAGUCGUUGAUGGGAGUAAUAAUACAAGAGGAGGAGGAAGAAGAUGAAGAUGAAUAUGUACCUGAACUAAUGGAACUAAAUCAAAAGUCGCCGCCGUCGUUGUUUCCGUCGUCCACAUCACCGGAGAAGAAAAGAAAGCAGCCGGCGACGUUGAGGGAAGAAGAACACGAACGGUCACUAGGACGACUAACUCAAAGGUUCUCAGAAACAACUAUGGCAUCUUCAUCAACCUCAUCACCAAUCCUAACCCUAAACCUAAAAAAAAAGAAUAUUAAUAACAAUGAUACAAAAUUACGGGUUAGACUUAGGGUUGUUACACCACCACCCGCGGCGGCUCCACCCGAUGAGUUCAUUAGAAUAAUAAGGGCAUACAAAGGUACGAACGUGAAACUGGUGAUAGAGAAGCCAAUAACUAAUAGUGAUUGUGACAACGGACUAGAUAGGUUUAAUUUUGGGUUUACAAAUAUCGUGUCACGGAAUAUUCUCCGUGAAAAUGAGAAGGAAAGUUUGGGAAAAGAAGGGAUACAUAAACAGAGUAUUGUGGUUAUGUUGAUUGAGCCAUCACUAGAGGUAACAUCCAUUGAUUUGAGGUGUUGGAAAGUGGGUUAUGUUCUCACAAAUAGUUGGAGGAGAGUGAAGGAGAGGAAUAAGAUAGAAGUAGAGCAAAAUUUUCAAAUUUGGUCUUUUAGAUAUGUUGGAGAGGAUAGAGUAGGGGAUAAGCUUGGGUUUGCUCUUGUUCCGGCUCCAAAGUCGGUUCCGGUUCGGCUUCAUAAUUAGGCCUUGUUCGUCGGAUUGAAGAUGUACUUCGUACUACUCUGUUUCAAAAAGAUCUUUACACUUACUAUUUGCACGGAAUCCGGUGCAAUAUUUGACCGUUAAUGUAUCCAAUUUUGUACGACAACAAAUUAUGAAAAUUUGAUAUUUAUAAAAUACAAUUUGA